AUGGACGAGACGUUGAAAGACCUGCCAGAGGCCGUGUAUCCUCUGUCGCCUCUGGACAUCAUCGCCAGCCACCUCUACAUCUCCAACUGCUUCUUCUUUGACAAUUCCACGCGCGAAGAUGGGUUCAAACUCGAGCAGCGCCUCCACAGAGGCUUAUACCGCGCUCUACAACAGUUUCCGAUUCUUGCGGGAGAACUGCAGCACAGCGGCUUGAACGCAAUGAGCAUCGUCGUCAAUCCGAAGAAGCCCAACAUGCCGGGCUGGGAGACAACGACGGCCGACAUCCCGUUUGGCGUGCUCAAACAGAGAGGCUUUCGCUACAGUCACUGGUCUGCAGACCUCAGAGUGGAAGAUCCUCUGCUUAGCGCUGGCGAGCAAGGCCCAGCAAAGCUCGUUCGCGUGCGGCUGUGCCGUUUUGUCGACAACGGUGGUGUCGCGGUCUUGGUUCGCAUUGCCCAUGCUGCGUUCGAUGCCAAGGGCGUUGUAGCCUUUAUCAACUGCUGGGCAGAUUGCUGUCGACUCGAGAGUCCAGCCAACACACCACAGCCAAAGCCAGUCAUGUUGAGCAGAGAGCCAGCCAUGUUGAGCAAAAAGCCAGCCAUAUUGAGCAGAAAGCCAGCCAUAUUGAGCAGAAAGCCAGAAGUCAUACUGAGCAGAGAUGCCAUGUAUCGGCGGCUGCCAGCUGCGGUACAGCCUUCGCCGCUGCCCUGGCCGUUAUAUCCGCUGUGCUUGUUGCUGUCUCUUCUCCUGAAUAUCCUCGCUUUUUUCUUGAAGAAGAACCUGAUAUCUGGUGACUCGGAGAGCCACCUGUUUGCCAUCAGUCGAAACAGCAUGGACGCGGUCAGGGAUGAAGCAAAGCAGUCGGGCAACGCCAUCUCCGACAAUGAUCUGAUCGUGGCACUCUUCACCAUGGCAUAUGCACAGAGCACAUCCGCGAAACCGGGCGCCCCCAAAGUCAAGGCCAUCGUCCCAUGCGACCUUCGGCAUCGUCUGGACAUACCGGAGGCAUACGUAGGCAACUGUGCCGUCGGCCUCUUCGUUACGGUGCCAACAGACCAGCUUUUCGAACCCAUUUGCGGCAAAUCUCUCAUCGCAGUGGCUAUGGAAUGCCGCAAGACCGUUGAUACGGCGGAUCGAAACGCCAUCGAGCGGCUCAUCAGGCGCGCCAUGCAGUCCAUCCGCCUACUCGGCAGCAAGGCACGCGUUCUCUACUCUCUGAUGAUCUGUCAGGCAUUUUCCAAUCAAAGUCGACUGGCUUUCUACUCGGUCAACUUUGGCCUUGGACCGCCUGUUCUGGCUGUUCCUGUGGCCUACCCUCGCACACUCGCCGUUGUUGUGCCGUCACCCCCGCCAAGCGAUGAUAUAUACGUCUGGCUAUCCCUGCAAAGCGAACAGAUGCGACUGUUGGUGCAGAACGAAAGUUUUAGAUCGUUUGUAAACAUAGUCUACUGA